AUGCAGGAAGUGUCUACUCCUGUCGCGAUCUUCAAGGCCCUGACCGAGUUUGUUCGCCAGAGCACUGCUCCUACCAUGUCCGAGUUUAUGCAAACCCUGGAAAAUGCGUCAAGAUUGAUCCGGGAGGACUCUGCUACUAACGCGAGCUCACGCCGCAGUCUGGAUCUCUUUAUGAGAUUUGUGACCAGAAACUCGCAUGAUUUCUCGUUGUCGGAAGAAGCCCGCAGCUUCGAAGACUUCAAGGGUAAUCUCUUGUCGAGAGCGGCGCUGAUUCUUGACAAGGCGUCUAUGGCCCGCGAAAGAGCUGCCGAAGUAGGUGCUCAGUUUGUGAGAGACAAUGCAGUUAUUCUUGUGCAGGCCUAUUCGCGUGUGAUCAUGAGUGUGCUGUAUCAUGCAGCAAAUGUACAGAACAAACGAUUCAAGGUGUAUGUGGCCGAAGGAAGACCAAAUAGUGAUGGAAUUCAAGCUGUAGAUGCUCUCAGAGCAGCUGGUAUUCCUUGCAGGGCUGUACUGGACUCUGCAGUUGGAUAUAUUAUGGACAAGGUUGACAUGGUCUUUGUGGGUGCUGAAGGUGUUGUGGAAAACGGAGGUGUGAUCAAUCAGAUUGGUACCUAUCAAAUUGCACUAGUGGCCAAUGCGUUGAGCAAGCCUGUAUAUGCAGUGGCAGAGAGUUAUAAGUUUGUGCGUGUGUAUCCACUCAACCAGUAUGAUCUUCCCUCAGAGACGCCUGAUAUCGUAAGCUUUGCUUCUCGCCGCAAGUCUUUCAGUACUUCGGGUCCUACAGGUGUAGAUGAGAUUGCUGCCAGCAACCCUUCUGUAGAUUAUACUCCUCCCCAGUACCUUACACUUCUUCUUACUGAUCUUGGAGUUUUGACGCCUAGCGGAGUGAGUGAUGAACUGAUCAAGCUGUACUUGUAA